AUGUCAUCAAAUAAAGACGAUGAUCAAGAAGAACAGUCCUUCUUAAAACAUGUUACAUCUCAUCUACCAUUAGACUGGUCAGAUGAACAACGUGAUACUUAUCUUCAGAAUAUAUUAAUUCAGUGGCGCAAACGUCGAGAUCAUUCACAUGAAGAACAACGUCUUAUGGAAAAAUAUUUAGCUACUAUUAAGCAAUAUUUUAGACCACAAUCACCUGAAUUAUAUGAUUUUCAACAAUGGCCUAUAGAUCAAAAUCUUUUAAAUAUGAUCAAAUGUGAUUCACUUGAUACUGAUAUUGUUAAACAAAUGCAAACAACAGGUGUAUAUACUUUUUCAUUUUUGCCUGUAUCAUUUUGUCAAUUAUUAAUUAAUGAAAUAGUCUAUUUUGAACAAUGGUGUAUUGAUAAUGGAUUAAAAUUGUAUCGUCCUAAUUCAAUGAAUAAAUAUGGUGUUAUUCUUGAUCAUUUUGGAUUUCAAAAAUGUUUAAAUGAUGUCGUUACAAAUAUUGUAGAACCAUUGACUCGAUUGAUUUAUAGACAUGUAACACUUCCACUUGAUUCUCAUCAUGGUUUUGUCGUUGAAUAUGCGAUGGACAAAGAUAGAAAACUUGAUUUUCAUGUCGAUGAUUCUGCUGUAACAUUAAAUCUUUGUCUUGGAACAGACUUUACAGAUGGUCAAUUAUAUUUUGGUGGAGUGCGUUGUUCAUCUCAUACUGGUACAACUGCACCAAGACAUGAUGAAGAGUUUUAUCUUGAACAUCAAGUUGGUAUGGCAUGUCUCCAUCUCGGUAAUCAUCGACAUAAAGCAUUACCUAUUACUAAUGGACGACGACUUAAUCUUAUUCUUUGGUGUCGAUCAUCAAAAUUUGAUAGUGAAAAAGAGAAAAAUGGUGAAGAUACAUGUCCAACUUGGUGUGGAUAUCAUGAAAUAGAAAAUGUACAUGAUAUUUAA